AUGUCCACGACCUCAGGCCCGACGCUGUACAAGUUCGCCGUGUGGGCGCCCGACCUGACCGACCCUGAGGCGUUCAGCCGCCGCAUGGCCGUGCGCGAGUCGCACCUCGUGAACGCGAAGUCGCUGUAUGCGAAUGGAGUUCUCAAGUUCGGUGGUGGGCUGCUGACGCCCGAGUCGAUCGCGUCUCCGACCGCGGAGAAGAAGCUCGUGGGCUCUAUGAUGGUCUUCGAGGCGGACAGCAUCGAGACUGUGCGGAAGGUGGUCGAGUCGGAUCUCUACUACCAGACCGGGGUGUGGGACAAGGAGAAGCUGCAGAUCUACCCUUGGCUGCAGGCCAAUCUCUGA